AUGCCUUCCACGUUCAGAGCCUCGCGCUCAGGGCGACAUCUCGACGGUGCCCCAAACCGUACCCGCACCGGCCAAAUCGAUCACGAUGUCUUUGAGGGAUUGCCAGUGCGUCGCUGGUCCCGACAGCAACACACCUUCUCCCAAGCGCCCAAACCUGAUGACUCGGAAUUCGGGGUUCAAGGCUCAGGUGGAGGACCAACACUACCAGAGCUUCCCAUGCCAAGAGACAGCCAGCUCUUGCCGCCAAUCAGUCGCGCACUACUUCGAGCAGCCCGAGCUGGAUGUAUUCAUAUCCGGCAAGGCAGUCGACCAGCUGACGAUGAGGAGAAAAGCGUGGCAGAUGCGGAAGACUCAGCAUCGGCAUCUCAUAUGGCCGAUCGGAGCUUCACAACUCGCAAAUGGAUGACGCUUCCCAAGCACCUCGAGCCUGCGGAAGUGGAGUUUCUGGCAAAGAGGCGACCUGGUCUUUCAUCCCUUUAUGGCGCCACUGCUGGUACAGAUGGAAGCUCUUCUGGGCCCAUGAGGAGGACGAAGUUUAAGAAAGUCGAUCCCGAAACAGGCAACAUCUCUAUCUACGAGGCGUGGGUGCCUGAGGGUCAUCGAAUCGAAGGCGAGAUUACUGGUGACUUACAGACGAUUGCUGAGCAGAGCCAAGUGCCUGUGAAGCCUGAGGCGCCUGCACCUGGAACAGUUGUCGAGGGAGUUGGCAUUGUCAAUGCUGAAGGUGUUGUUGUUGCAGAGGCUGGAUCAGCAGCUGUAAUGACACCCCCAAAGCGGCGUCCACCUCCACCUAAACGAAAGGGUAAAGGCAUUGGAAAGGGCCGGAAGAAGAAGGUCAUGUUUGCACCUGGCGAAGGAGCUGAUGCCGCGACAGUGCAUGGAGUUGGUGCUGUUACUGGGAAUGGGGAGGAUGCUGUCAAGAGAGAAGGCCAACAAGAUGAUUCACAGAUGUCCAUUGAUCAAGCUGGUCCAGAUGAAGACGAUGAAGAUGGCGAUGAGGGCGAUGAGAGCGACGACGGCGACGAUUCCAUGAUGGAUGCAAAGACUCCUGAUACCCCCCAGCCUCUGUCUGGCACAGAGUUUGUUGAUCAGUCUUCAUUCGAAACUCCUGCCUCGCAAUCAGUUGAUGUCGAGAUGUCAGAUGCCAUUCCUGAAAACCAGCACUCUGCCCCCGAGGUUGCUUCAUCAAGCGAAAAGGAGAAGCAAAACCAGCCGGCCGAGUCAGCGGCACCCCACCCUGAAAAGACCUUAGAGGUUGAUUUCGAUGCUUUGGCUUCCAAUGUUCCUUCAUCGGAGAAGGCUGAUAUUACUGAUUUAAAUGAGAAGCCUGUAAUCUCGGAGUAUGACAAGACUCCCACUUCUGUUGGAACUGCCGCAACGACAAGUGAACCCACCAAGCUUUCAGUUGCAGCUGACGAAGCUCAAAGCUCAGAUGCCAAGGUGCAAGGGAAAAAGGAAGACCUUGCAUCAACGGAAGAACGUGCUCUCGCAAGCCAGCAGGAAAAUCCGACUGUCCUGCCAUCUGCCAGCCCGGAAAAAUUGUCAGAAACCUCAGUAGCACAACCCCCUACCCAAUCGCAAACACUUGGGAAUCCAGCACCCGAACAGACCACAGUAUCGGCCGAUGCCUUGGCAGAGACCCGGGAACCUCAACACAUUCCAAACGAGUCCAUUUCCCGCCCCGACAUGCAAGACAAGCCCGUGACAGCCAUUGGAAGCGAACAAUUAAGCCCCUUUAAUCCUUCUGGCCCCGGUCUACACGCGGAAAAAGCAAAAGUUCUCGACAUGGAAGAUGCCCCGGCACCGGAACAAAGCCAAGCGCUAGAUGACCAGCCUCCUGCAAACCCAAAUUUGCAGGAAGCAUCACAAUUGCCAGAGGAUCCACAGCUCAAGUUCACUCCAGUGGAGUCCACUACAGCUCCCAUCGCAGAUGGAAGGACACAAGCAGUAUCCGAAACAAGUGUCCCUAAUCAAAGUCCCACCACCGAAACAGAGCUGCACGAAGAGUCUCGCUCUAGGGAGGCUAAAGAUGUCAAUGAGGAACUCGAGUAG